AGAUAAGAAAAAAAGAUUCAAAAGAAUAAAGCAAUAAAAAAACAAUGCAAUGUCUGGAGAGGAGAUAUCAUUCUUUUCAUUAUUUAACAUUAAAAGAAAGUGAGAGAACAAUAGAGCACAACAUAACAAUCUUUUGCUUUCUUUCCUCCCAGUUAUUAGCAACUUUAAACAAUGUGGAAAAUGUUGUACUGGGGAUCAGACAAAAAAGAUGGAAAGACAAUGGUAAAAAAGCCAGAGAGAAGCCAGUGCUGUGCAUCCUUACAUCGCUUCAGCCAGAAGAGGGACCUUUCCACUGCCAGAUAGCUGAGCUCUCCUUCUCUACAGUGAGGGCAGAGAUUGAGGAUAGAGUCCAUCUCUAGCAGUUAUGUCUUUUAACAGCAGGCAAUGGGGAGGGAGGGAGGCAGGCAGGGAGGGAGGGGGUGUUGUGCAUUGUGUAUGUGUGUCAGUGUGUAUGUGUGUGUCAUCACUACGUGUGUGUGUGUGAUGUGGCUGUGCUAUUAUUAUGAUCUCUCUGUCUCCAUCCUAUUCCCUGCUCCUCCUGCAGAGGCUCCUGAUCCAGGUCUGAGUAGCUGCUUGGCGUCCAGUCCACGUCUUGGCUGAGUCCCCCUCGGCUUUUAAUCAUGCCCCUCUGUCUGUGUGUGAGUGCAGGCAGGCUGACAAUGAUUUCCUCAGUGAUUACGUACAGAGCGAGUCCCUGCGGGUUAGGGGCCCCCUCUGGAGCCAUCCUGAUGGCUUUAGGGGCCUUGCUUCUAUUUUCCAUUAUUAUGUGGACUACCGGAGCGACAGCGCAGUCCAAGACCUUGCAGGUUUGUGAUGAGGAGGGAGCACACAGCAGCAGCAGCACACAUCUCCUUCUCUCUGCUCUCCUCUCCUCAAGCCAGGCGUAGACUUUUUUCUUCCCAGAGACAAGGAGCUCAUCCAGCUCCUUAGACCGAGAUCUCAGGCAUCCUACGAAGAGCUAUCUUUCCCCCAACAACCCCCUCCCCUACAAAAACAAACAAAAAACAACAACCCCCCCAAAAACAAGACAGACCCCCCCCCUCUCCCUAUUACACAACAAGCAAAUAAUAAUAACAAUAAUAAGAAAUAAACAGCAGCUCCAUGCAACAGCCGCCUAGUGCCCCUUCCCUCCGAUCACUUGUAGUGCUGCUGCAGGGAGUGCAGGAAAGUCAACACUUUAUUGUGUUUUUUUUUAACCAUUGGUCAUUUUUGCUGUUGCUGAGUUUUGAUCGUAUUUUUAAAGAAUUCUCUUCCCUCUUGGACAGUCCUAGAAGAAUUCAUCCGUCCUCUGUUUUUAUUUUUAAAACCACUAAAUAAAAACACGAAACUCUUUAGAGUAAAUUGGCCUUUUUUUUUUUUUCUAAUAUUCUUGAAGUUUUCUCGGCCAGUGCACUAGGGCACAGACAGGACAGGGAGUCUGGAGGACAAGCACAGUCUUGGCUGUAGGGGGAUCACCCUCGUUGUUGUUGUGUGUUGCCUUGUAGUUGUGUAACGGGCUGACAUUGAACAACUUCAGCUGUUUGCUUUUAGGAUGUCUCGCCGCAAGCAAGCGAAGCCAAGAUCACUGAAAGAUCCCAACUGUAAACUAGACGAUAAAUCUGAAGAUGGUGAAGCGACAGAUUGCAAGAAAAGGCAGGAGGAGGGAGACGAACUAGAGGAAGAAGGCGCUCACAGCUGUGACAGUUGCCUUCAGGUGUUUGAGUCGCUGAGUGAUAUCACAGAACACAAGAUCAGUCAGUGUCAGCUGACAGAUGGCGCAGAUGUAGAGGAUGAUCCAUCUUGUUCAUGGCCAGCAUCGUCUCCAUCUAGCAAAGACCAGACAUCACCCAGCCACGGAGAAGGUUGCGAUUUUGGUGAAGAGGAGGGUAUUCCAGGGCUGCCAUAUCCCUGUCAGUUUUGUGACAAAUCCUUCAGUCGCCUCAGCUAUUUAAAACACCAUGAACAGAGUCACAGCGACAAACUCCCUUUUAAGUGCACAUAUUGUAGUAGAUUGUUUAAGCACAAAAGAAGUAGAGAUCGCCAUAUAAAACUGCAUACUGGAGACAAAAAAUAUCAUUGCAGUGAAUGUGAUGCAGCAUUUUCUCGAAGUGAUCAUCUUAAAAUUCAUUUAAAGACUCAUACUUCAAACAAGCCAUAUAAGUGUGCUAUCUGUAGAAGGGGGUUCCUCUCCUCAAGCUCAUUGCAUGGUCACAUGCAGGUACAUGAAAGAAAUAAAGAUUGUUCUCAGUCUGGUGCAAGAAUGGAAGACUGGAAAAUGAAGGACACCCAGAAAUGCAGCCAAUGUGAAGAGGGGUUUGAUUUCCCUGAGGAUCUUCAGAAACAUAUAGCUGAAUGUCACCCUGAAUGUUCUCCAAAUGAUGAUAGAUCUGCUCUCCAAUGUAUGUAUUGCCAUGAGCUUUUUGUUGAAGAAACCUCACUUUUGAAUCACAUGGAGCAAAUUCAUAGCAAUGAGAAAAAAAACUCUUGCAGCAUUUGCUCAGAAAGUUUUCACAACAUUGAGGAGCUUUAUAGCCAUAUGGAUAGUCAUCAGCACCAUGAAUCCUGUAAUCCAAGCAACAGUCCCUCUUUAGUUACUGUAGGCUAUACAUCAGUUUCAAGUACCACUCCUGAUUCAAACCUGUCUGUAGACAGCUCUACAAUGGUAGAAGUUGCUCCACCACUACCUAAAAGUCGUGGGAGAAAAAGAGCUUCUCAGCAAACUGGUGAUGCCAAUGCCCCAUCAAACAAGCAAGCUAAAGUCACAUACAGCUGUAUCUAUUGCAGCAAACAAUUAUUUUCUAGUCUUGCUGUCCUCCAGAUACAUCUUAAAACUAUGCAUUUAGACAAACCAGAACAGGCUCAUAUCUGCCAGUACUGCUUAGAAGUAUUACCUUCUCUUUACAAUCUAAAUGAACAUCUUAAACAGGUACAUGAAACUCAGGAUCCAGCAUUAAUUGUUUCCACUAUGCCUGCCAUGGUUUAUCAAUGCAACUUUUGCUCUGAAAUAUUCAAUGACCUUAACAUGCUCCAAGAGCACAUUAGAAGUUCACAUGGGUUUCCAAAUCCAGUUGCAAAAGACAGUAAUGCAUUUUUCUGCCCCCAUUGCUACAUGGGAUUUCUUACAGACUCUUCAUUAGAAGAGCACAUUCGUCAAGUCCAUUGUGACCUCAGCAGUUCAAGGUUUAGUUCUCCAGUGCUGGGUACCCCAAAAGAGCCAGUGGUUGAAGUGUACUCUUGCUCUUAUUGUACCAAUUCACCUAUUUUUAAUAGUGUCCUUAAAUUAAACAAGCAUAUCAAGGAAAAUCACAAGAACAUUCCGUUGGCAUUAAAUUACAUCCAUAACGGGAAAAAAUCUAGGGCUCUGAGUCCCUUAUCUCCUGUUACUUUGGAUCAAUCCUCCUUAAAGAUGAUGCAGGCCAUUGGUGGCAAUCCUUCAAGACCUGCAGGCGAGUACAUCUGCAAUCAGUGUGGUGCCAAGUAUUCAUCCCUUGAUGGUUUUCAGACUCACUUAAAAACUCAUCUUGAUACCGUUCUGCCAAAAUUGACAUGCCCCCAGUGCAACAAAGAUUUUCCAAACCAAGAGUCUCUUUUAAAGCAUGUUACUAUUCACUUUAUGAUCACAUCUACAUAUUAUAUUUGUGAAAGUUGUGACAAACAGUUUACUUCAGUGGAUGAUUUGCAGAAGCACUUGCUAGACAUGCAUACGUUUGUUUUCUUCCGUUGUACACUAUGCCAGGAAGUGUUUGACUCCAAAGUCUCCAUUCAGCUUCACUUGGCUGUGAAACACAGCAAUGAAAAGAAAGUAUACCGUUGCACUUCCUGUAACUGGGACUUUCGCACAGAAACUGACUUACAGCUUCAUGUAAAGCACAACCACCUGGAGAACCAGGGAAAAAUCCACAAGUGCAUUUUCUGUGGUGAGUCCUUUGGCACAGAAGUAGAGCUACAGUGUCACAUCACAACCCACAGCAAAAAAUAUAAUUGCAAAUUUUGCAGCAAAGCUUUCCAUGCCAUCAUUUUAUUAGAAAAACACUUGAGGGAAAAACAUUGUGUGUUUGAAGCCAAAACUCAAAACUGUGGCUCCAAUGGAGCUCCAGAACAAGUUCAGAAAGAGGAAGUAGAUCUUCAGAACUUAUUGACAAACAAUCAAGAGUCUCAUAACAGUCAUGAUGGCAGUGAAGAAGAUAUUGAUACCUCUGAACCAAUGUAUGGCUGUGAUAUAUGUGGUGCCGCCUACACCAUGGAAUCUCUUUUGCAAAAUCACCAACUCCGAGAUCACAAUAUCCGACCUGGAGAAAGUGCAAUUGUCAAGAAAAAGGCUGAGUUAAUUAAAGGAAAUUACAAGUGUAAUGUCUGUUCCCGUACAUUUUUUUCUGAAAGUGGCCUGAGAGAGCACAUGCAGACACAUCUUGGUCCAGUAAAGCAUUACAUGUGUCCCAUAUGUGGGGAACGUUUCCCCUCUUUGUUAACUCUUACAGAACACAAAGUCACUCACAGCAAGAGUCUGGACACUGGGAACUGCAGAAUUUGCAAACUUCCUCUACAUAGUGAGGAGGAUUUCUUAGAACAUUGUCAAAUGCACCCAGAUCUGCGAAAUUCAUUGACAGGGUUUCGUUGUGUGGUAUGCAUGCAGACAGUGACAUCUACUCUGGAGCUGAAGAUUCAUGGUACAUUUCAUAUGCAGAAAACUGGAAAUGGAUCGGCAAUUCAGUCCACUGGUCGUGCACCCAACUUACCGAAGUUGUUCAAGUGUGCUUCUUGUCUAAAAGAGUUUCGCUAUAAACAGGACUUGGUGAAGCUCGAUAUUAAUGGUUUGCCCUAUGGCCUUUGUGCUUCAUGUGUUAAUCUUAGUAAAAGUGCCAGUCCAAAUGCCAAUGUGAUUUUAAGCACUAAUAGGCCUUCUCUAAGUCAAACUGACAAUGUACCCUGUGUAGAUAAUAAACAUAAAGCCUCCACGCUGAAGACACGAUGCUCUAGCUGCAAUGUAAAAUUUGAAUCUGAAGGUGAACUCCAAAAUCACAUUCAAACUGUCCACAGAGAACUUACAUCUGAAAACAAUACAACUCAGCUGAAAACGCCACAAGUGUCACCAAUGCCCCGCAUAAGCCCUUCUCAAUCUGAAGAGAAAAAAACCUAUCAAUGCAUCAAGUGCCAGAUGGUAUUCUACAAUGAAUGGGAUAUCCAGGUCCAUGUUGCAAACCACAUGAUAGGUACAGUUUAUUCUGAAGACAAGAUACAGACAAAUGAAGGUCUAAAUCACGAGUGCAAGCUCUGCAGCCAGUCAUUUGACUCACCAGCAAAACUCCAGUGUCAUCUUAUUGAGCACAGCUUUGAAGGAAUGGGAGGCACAUUUAAAUGCCCUGUCUGUUUUACAGUUUUCGUUCAAGCAAACAAGCUGCAACAGCAUAUUUUUUCGGCUCAUGGACAAGAAGACAAGAUCUAUGACUGCACACAAUGCCCACAGAAAUUCUUUUUUCAGACUGAGCUACAGAACCACACAAUGACCCAACAUAGCAGUUAAUGCAAAAAACAGAUUCAUCUGAAGAUCAUUUGGAGGCACAGAAAAGGGAACACAUUUUAUUCUUUGCACGAAACUUUGAUUGUUUAUGUAUAUUAUCCCAAAAAGCAUUGUAUUUUACCAUAAAACUUGUAUUAUUGGAACUGUUGGAUGUUCAUGUGUUUAGACUUUUGAGCACCGGAUAAACUUAUUGUAUAUACAGUGUUGCACAUGUAUUAUGUUGUUCAAUAUGAAAAUAGUCUUAUAAAGACAGCCGACUUGGGCCCUAUUCAAGGAGAAGGAAUCGAAAACCUGGGAAGAAAAAGGCUGACCUAAAUGUGCUUCUUCGCAGGCAAACUAGGAAAAGGAUUGUUUAUAUUCCAGCUGUAUUCCAACUGCCUUUCCAGUAGAUCUUGGUCUUUAAUUGUCAUUUUAAUAUAAAACAGCUGAAGAUUUUUUUAUACUGCAGCAGAAGAUUCUUGCACAAAAUAUAAAAAAAAGCUUUUCUCAUUAAAUGGAAAAAAAAUCUUGAAUAAGGCCUAUAUAAAUAUAUACAUACGUACAUACAUAUAUAUAUUUGUAAGCCUUGCGGUAUGGCAGAUAGCAUUACCAUAUAUGCAAUAGUCGUUAUGUAGAUUGUCCCUCUGACUUUUUUCCGGACCAUUUUUGUUGCUUUGUGUGUCCAAACUUUUUUGUUUACCUUUUUUUCAUUCCUUUUUUAUAUUAAUGAUUACACACAGCCAAAAUUCUCAAAUCUGUUAACCCAACAUGUAUGUUACUGUUAUUACUGUUUACUCUGCCGUCUAAACCUGGAGAUUACUGGAAUUGUUUUCCAAAAGAAAAUAAAUUCAAUUUAUCAAUUAAUCAUA